CCCGAUGGCGAAGCAGCAGAGCCGGGAGCAGGGCAUCACUCUGCGGGGCAGCGCCGAGAUCGUGGCCGAGUUUUUUUCAUAUGGCAUCAACAGUAUCUUAUACCAACGUGGGAUUUAUCCUGCUGAAACUUUUACACAUGUUCAGAAAUAUGGACUUACUAUGCUUGUAACUGCAGACACUGAACUUAAAAACUAUUUGAACAAUGUGGUGGGACAGCUGAAAGAAUGGCUCUGUGAAUGUUUAGUUCAGAGGCUAGUGGUAGUGAUCUCUAGCAAGGAAACCAGUGAAAUUCUUGAAAGGUGGCAAUUUGACAUUGAAUGCGAUAAAACAGCAAAGGAUGAAAGUACACCAAGACAGAAAUCUCAGAAAGCUAUACAGGAUGAAAUUAAAUCUGUCAUCAGACAAAUAACAGCCACGGUGACGUUUCUUCCUUUACUAGAAACUACAUGUGCAUUUGACUUGCUCAUUUUCACAGACAAAGACUUGGAAGUUCCAGAGAAAUGGGAAGAGUCAGGCCCACAAUUUAUUGCUAACUCUGAAGAAGUCCGUCUUCGUUCCUUCACAACUACAAUACACAAAGUCAACAGUAUGGUGGCCUACAAAAAGGACAGCUUGGCUUAACAGGGCAAAUAAUAUUGUACAGAAAUGUCCCCUUUAAACUGCUUUAGCCAAUAGUAUUUAAGUUCUGAAUAGAUCUUUCUACAAUUCUGUUCCAGUUUGAAUGAAAAUAGCAGCAAAAAUGCACUUUGUACAUAUCCCACACUUUACGAUCAGGAUGUUAAUCCUUAAAUGUUGUAGAAACAUAAGCUGUCUUCCAAGCAUAUGCCAAAGUCCUCCAGCCCCUUACCAUCUCAACCUGGAUUAGAUAAGAAACUUGAUGACAGAAUAUAGCUUAGCUUUCAAAUUACCAGGCCAGUUACCUAACUUGAAGCAUAAUCUUGAAAGUGUACUGUGGCUGUAUUGCUAAGAAUCCUGAAAUACUUUUCUUUUAAUAUGCAACUGAAUUCUCUCAUUUUGGUCUUUAUAUAAUGAAAGCUGUAAUGUAAAUGUGUUUUUAAAUAUUUGUAUUUUGUAGAAUAAAAGUCUAAACUGCAUAAUGUACAAGCACAUGAUAGGUAUAGUUUUCAACUGGUUUCUAUAUUUUAAGUGACAUGCCAACCUGUAUAACUGGCUGUUUUUACUUUGAGGUGGAGGUGUACUGCAA